AUGGAACGCACUCCCUCCUGUGAAGAAACUGCUUCAGCCUCUCGAGACGCCGCAACUGAAACUGAAGGCACCGCUCGCACUCAAGACCGAGCCUAUCACUCCCAGGGAUACCCCGGCCCAAACAAACAAAAAAACCACCAAACGGAGCUCCCACUCCUUCCCAAUGAUCCACCCCCAGCCAAGGCCGCAUUCUGCAGAACGGCCUCCAUCGACGAAGUAGAAACAACAACGACACAAGAACUGGAGGUGCUGAGGCGCUUCCAGGCACGGGUGCGUCCGGCUGGCUGGUCGGGGACUGCGAGGUGUCAGAGGAGACUGCACAAAAACAUGGUGGUGGGAUUGGGGUUGGCUCUGGGCGACGAUAGGGCACUGACAACCUUGUUCCUGCUGGUAUACAUUCACCUAGCCUUCACGAGGGCCCCCAUUACCUGCCUGGACCAUGUGCGCGACGACUGGCCGCGUGAGGGUAUCCUGCGUGUCGAAGUUAUACGGAACCCCAGUGAGGACUACACCGUGGAACAAAGCUACGAAAAGGAGGAAAGGCUCCAGCAGCGGCAGCAGGAGUUCCUCGGUGCUCUCGGCUCGGAUAUCGAUAUGUUGUUUGGAGGCGGCGAACCUGUGGUCACCGACAGCGAUGGGACGAUGAGCGUCCUGGGUGGGGGGAGCGAAGGCCACCCUGGAGAGGAGGAGGAGGACGAGAGGAGCCCUAUGGAAGACAGCCGAGAUGGGGAGGAGGCUGCGGACGGAAACGAGGCACAGGUGGACAGCAGAGGGACGGAUUCUGAGGCAGAUUCACUCGGGCAGAAUGAUGCUCUUAGCCCUGGAGAAGACGGUAGCGAGAAGAGAACACCUCUUAUUGUGAACGCUGAUGGAAGUCACAGUGACCCAGGUUUCCCAGGUGUGGCUGACUAUGGCGAAGAGGCCUAUGUGUUGCGCAGUAAUGCCACGGCCCCAGAGAAGCCUCCCGCAGUCAAGGCCGAGGAGAGCGAUGCCCCCCCAGAGGUAGCAGAGGAGCCGAUCGCAGAGGAAGGCAUGGGGGGAGCCUUCACAGGGAACCACAGCCACGAGGAGCCGCCUCUUUCCCUGGAGGAGGACUCGCCGCUGCCCAAGAAAGAGCCCCUGGAGAUGCUGGCCAAGGCUGUGUGGCCGGAGGAUGAGUACAUUGUGGAGUACUCGCUAGAGUACGGGUUCCUGCGGCUGUCCCCUGCUACGCGCCAGAGACUCAACAUCCCAGUUAAGAUCGUCACCCUAGACCCUAUGAAGGAUGCGUGCUUUGGUGACACACUCUCACGCUUCAUCUUGGAUGAGUUCCUUGGCUAUGACGACAUCCUGAUGGGCUCCAUCAAGAGCCUGGCGGAGAAGGAGGAGAACAAGGGAUAUCUGAGGAAUGUAGUUACGGGAGAGCACUACCGCUUCGUUAGCAUGUGGAUGGGGGGAAGCAACUACCUCGCUGCGGCCUUUGUCAUGGUGGUCUUUACCCUGAGUGUGUCAAUGCUGCUGCGUUACUCCCACCACCAGAUCUUCCUCUUCAUCGUUGACCUGCUGCAGAUGCUUGAGCUCAACGUGGCCAUCACCUUCCCUGCCGCCCCCAUGCUCACCGUCAUCCUCGCGCUCGUUGGCAUGGAAGCCAUCAUGUCGGAGUUCUUCAACGACACCUCGACGGCCUUCUACAUCAUCGUGCUGGUGUGGGUGUGCGACCAGUACGAGGCCAUCUGCUGCCACACGCCCAUCACCAGGAGGCACUGGCUGCGCUUCUUCUACCUGUACCACUUCGCCUUCUACGCCUACCAUUAUCGCUUCAACGGACAAUAUUCUUGGCUGGCGCUUAUGACUUCGUGGCUCUUCAUAUUGCACUCCAUGCUCUACUUCUUCCACCACUACGAGCUUCCGGCCAUCCUGCAGCACGCGCAGAUCCAGCAGCUGGGGCGCGUGCACACCGUCAACAUCGUUCUGCGCAACGUCCUCACCAACAACAACAACAACAACAACAACAACGCUGCCGGCGCCAACAACCCCGGCGACGGCGGAAGCGGGGAGAACGCCGCCACCCGCGACGCCGGCGGCCAGGGGCGGAACGGCGCGGCCGCCGCCAACCGGGGCGCGCGGACCGAGGGCGCCGCCGCCCGUCCUAACGCCUCGCCGGUCGUCAACCUCGUGUUCCGCAACAUCACGGGCGCCGUCGCCAACAGGAACGGCAACCCGCCCUUCAGCUUCGUCUUCAGGAACGUCAGGAACAUAGUGCAGAACCUGCACCAGAACACGACUGCGACUGCGGCGGCGGCGGCGGCGGCGGCGGCGGCGGCGGCGGCGGCGGAGGAGACGAGCGCCUCGGCGACGACCACGACCGCCACGCCGUCCUCCUCUCCCUCCCCCUCCGCCGCUGGCGCGUCCACGAGCACCUCCGCGUCGGGGACGGCUCCCCGCGCCGCCGCCCCCUCGCCGGGCACGGGCAUGGGCGGCGCCCCGAGAGUCACAUUCCAGGUGACGACGUCGAGCGGCACCUCCGCCGUGAACGCCUUCUCCCUGUCGUCCCUGCUCUUCCGCAACGCGAGCGCCGCCGCCGCCGCUGCCGCGUCCGCGACCAGCGGCGCCGCGGGAGCCCCGGCCAGCACCCCGCCCGGCGCCGCGGUGGAGGCCCCAGCGGAGGCUCCACCGGUGAGCGCGCCCUCGCGGGGCACCGACAGCAGCAGCGAGCCCAAGGAUGGCGGCGCCGAAGCCGCGUACAGCCCCGUGAUGGUGGAGGGCGCGGGCGGCGGGGCCCGCGUCGGCACCGAGAGCGGCGGGGCGGCGAAGGCAGCGGCGGGCAUCGCGCACGACCCCGCGGAGGCGGCCGGCCCCGCCGCCAUGCUCGCCGGAGCGUAUUGUGAUAACCCCGCGUGGGACGCCUCCCCUGACGGAGUCCCUAUAGGCGGCGCGCCCCCCGGCGGGGCAGCGGGCGGCCCGGGCGGGCCCUGGAGCGAUAGCGCCUCGCCCGCGAGACGCCCGUCGGACGGCGCGAUCCGACGGCGGCGCGCGGGCGCGGAGGACACCGGAUAGGGGCGGCGGAGAUUAUUAAUAUUAAUAGCAGUUUCUUAUUUCCUUUUUUUUUUGAUGUUUUAAGUUUCGAAGAAGAAAAAUAUAUAAACAUACAUAUAGAUAUACCAUAUUUAAGGAAAGAAAAGUAAUUUGCAUAUAUUGGCUUAGGCAUUAUUUAGUUUAUCUUACAUAUUUAAGAUGUAAACUGUUUUGUUACUGUUACAGAUGUUUGAAUGUAAUGGUGUUGGUUUUAUUUUUUCAUAUGCAUUACAUCGUAUUUUUUUUAUUAUGUCUUCGCUCAUUUAUAUUUAUGGAAUGAAUAAAAUAUUUAUAUACUUAUUAAAGUCCCAUGUAGUGAA